AAGACCAGAGAACAGUUGUUACAAUAUUCCUGUCAGCUCACACUGGACCCAAACACAGCACACACACACCUCUCUCUGUCUAAAGGGAACAGAAAGGUGACACGUACAGACCAAGUCCAACCAUAUCCUGACCAUCUAGACAGAUUCACCAACUACUGUCAGGUUCUGUGUAGAGAGGGUCUGUCUGGACGCUGUUACUGGGAGGUGGAGUGGACUGGUAAUGUUGUUGAAACAGCAGUCUCAUAUAAAGACAUCAGCAGAACAGGAACAGAUGGAUUUGGAAACAAUAACAAGUCCUGGAGUUUAAAGUACUAUAGAGGUGGUUAUUAUUUCAGACACAAUAAUGUUGAGAAUGAAGUAUCAGGCCCUCAGUCCUCCAGAGUAGGAGUGUACCUGGAUCACAAGGCAGGUACUCUGUCCUUCUACAGUGUCUCUGACACAAUGACCCUCCUCCACAGAGUCCAGACCACAUUCACUCAGCCCCUCUAUCCUGGAUUUAGGCUCAAUGAUUAUAAUUGUUUUGAUAAUGGUACUGCUGAGCUGGUUAAACUGUAGUAGGGUCCACAUAGAUACUAGUCAUGCUGGUGUAGUCUAUAGCUGAGCUGGUUAAACUGUAGUAGGGUCCACAUAG